UUGGUUACAUACUCAAGUUUGAUUGUGAGGUUGGUGAGUUCUACAGCUACAAGUAAACAUAGAUUAGCUAUGUCCGUAAUAAGGAAUUGUGUGACCAAAUUAAACCCGUUGAGACGUUAUUCGCUGGGAACAGUAAGACUGUUGUCGAGCGCAGAAGGAUCGCAGGAUGCAAACAAAACGGAAAAUGAGCAGGUUGGAGGUUAUGCAAAGGCGUUUGAAAAAUUCGAAAACAUCAAUGAGGAACCGAAGGCAGCACCUAAAUCAUUCUCCAGUCUACUGAGGAAUUCCAAAUUCAUUGAUAUGGGAGACCCAGAGGGAAAAGUAGUAACUGGAACUGUUUAUCAUGUGGUUGAAGAUGAUCUGUACAUAGAUUUUGGUUGGAAGUUCCACUGUGUAUGUCCGAGACCAAAGAAGAAUGGUGACAAUUUCGUUAGAGGUUCCAGAGUCAGACUUAUGGUUAAAGAUUUGGAACUGUCCUCGAGAUUUCUGGGAUUCGAUAAAGAUUUAACGUUGCUCGAGGCAGAUUGUGUAUUGCUCGGUUUAUCACAAGAGCGACAAUCCUGAGAUUCUACAAUAUACAAACUAGUUCAAUAAAUAAUUUUAGGCAACACAA